CUGGGCGACCUGGCAGAGGUUUUGGAUUUUGUGGUGGAACCGCAUCCAUGACUAAUUCGCAGAUCCUUCUUCGCACGAACCAUUUUUACGAUUCAUUUGGUGCCAGCUGGUUAGUUCUCAUAUUGUGUUUACUACAACAAAAUGUGGCAUAUUCGCCAACCGAAGACAACAGAGAAACAAAAAUAUUUUUGGAGAAACGAGACACUACAAAGUUCAACCAUUUGGUAGUGGAUGAAAAUCGAGGAUUUGUGUUUAUUGGAGCAGUAGAUCUCCUCUACCAGUUAAGCUCGGAUUUAAAAUUGGUUGCUAGUUGGAGGCAGGAUAACUUUUCUCGGAAAUGCGAUAACUUCAAAGAUGUAUCAAAUGGAGUAAAAAAAUCAAUUGCCAGCUACAAUAAAAUCCUUGUUCUGGAUUACACUAAUUCUCGAUUAUUAUCGUGCUGGAGCACUCGUUAUGGUGUAUGCAAAAUAUACAGCGUUGAAAAUCCAUUAAGAGAAAUGGGUACUGUCAUUAAAUCGAUGGUAUCUCGAGAUGAGAAUGCUUCAACUGUUGCAAUCGCAGUCGCACGUCCAGGUACACCGGGAAAUACAGUAUUGUACAUUGGAGUCACUAUUACAACUAAUCAAUCAAAGCUUUCAGCUAUUUCUGAAGCACUUCUGCACACGUCCCCUGAAUAUACCUUUUCUCUGGAUGGUAUCACUCUUAAAGAUGCUUAUCAAGGAAAGUAUAUUAUUAACUACAUAUACGGUUUCAUUUCGGGAGAUUUUAUCUAUUUUUUGACCACUCAAAUGAAAUCUACACAGCCCUCGUUGUACAUAUCAAAAUUGAUUAGGGCCUAUCGAACAACUGCAUUGAAUAAUUCCUACACAGAGAUUCCAAUUGAAUGCUACGAUGAAAAAAAAAGAAGAUAUAACUUAGCCCAAGCUGCAUUCGUUGGAAAACCCGGUUCUAAAUUGGCAGAUUCGCUUGGUAUUACUCCACAAGACGAUGUCUUGUUUGGGAUUUUUGCUCAAAGCGAAAAACAAACUGUGGGUUAUGAAUCGAGCAAACCAAGUAAUAGAAGUGCAAUGUGCAUAUAUUCGCUGAAAGAAAUGAACGAGAAGUUCACUAAAACUAUCCUACGUUGCGAUAAUGGAACUGGGUACCGGGGACUGGAAUUCAUAAUCCCACCAUAUGAAAAAUGUAGCAAUAACAGCCGCCCGUCCAUUAAUUCGUCGAACAAUAAUAGGCCUCUCGAAGGUAACUUUCCAGUAAAGACGAAUGCUUCCAUCAUAUUUGAUACGCUUGUGACAGCUGUUCGUGCACAAUCAUAUCCACACGAUUUUACUGCUGUAUUCUUGGGUACAAAUACUGGCCAUUUAAAGCAAAUAGUGGUGGAAAACAAAUCCAAUGUAUACGAAUGCAAGGAUAUUGCUAUUGAUGAAGGAUUUGCAAUAAACUCAGACUUACAUUUUGACUCGAAAACGGAUCAUUUGUACAUUAUGACUGAGCAGAAGCUGACCAGGAUUCAGAUUUCAUUUCUGAUUCCAUCAAUAUCCUCAUUCCAACCCACACUAGGACUCCUAGGAGAAAUCAUCAAUAUUACCAUUCUAGGUAAUAAUUUGGCUUGUACAAGCAACGAUUCCCAACAUAGUAUUGUAGUUGCUGGAAUACCUUGUACCACUUGUCGACCUUUGGAUUCGACAGAGAUCGUUUGCACCAUUAAUACCAGCACUAUAAAUUUAGCAGAACGUAAAGAAUACGAAGGUCCAAUUGAAAUUCGAGUGCAUGGCAUCAACAAUAAAUCCAAACAGAAUUUUAGCAUUUUUGAUCCACAAAUUGGAAGAAUUUUUCCAACAGAUGGCUCUUUGUACGGUGCUAACAAACUUAUCAUUUAUGGUAAAAACUUUAAAGCUAAGAGUUCUGUAGAUGUUUACAUUGGGAAUGUAUCAUGUUCAGUACUUCAUCACGAUGAAAAUGAAAUAAAUUGUAUCACUGGUCCAUCUCCUGCGUUAAAAAGUAACAUAGCUAUAAAAUUUGAUGAAAAUUUCCGCAUUUUCAACUACACUUACAAGUAUUUUGACACUGAUAUCGAUGAAGAAGGUCAUAAUCUUACACUGAAAGGCAUUCCUGCUGGAGGACUCAUACUUUAUAUGCGCAAUAAUCUAGGGUUGAACAAAACAUCAAUUAGAAAAUUGUUUUUUCAAGUGAAUAAAAACAGUCAAACUUACAAUAGUACACAAUGUGAAGGAAAUUCAAGUUUGUUUACCUGUUUAUCACCUCGUAUUCCAGAAAUUGACAGCCAUUCGAUAGAUACAAAAAACCCUCAAGUAUUCAACUACAUACUUAUGGUAUCACUCAAUAGGACAAAUGCUGGAACCCCUUUAUUAAUCAAGUCGUCCAAGUAUUUUUUGUAUCCAAACCCAAUUUUUGAGCAUUACUCCGUCACUGACUUGGAUGAAAACAUACGUUUUGUUAUUAGAGGACGAAAUAUCGAUAAUGUUUGCGGAAUAGAUGAUUUCAUUGUGCGGGUAGGAGAUGAAAAUUGCAAAAUAUUUAUGUUAUCUCGAAGUGACCUGAUUUGUCAGCUACAAAAAUCUGCACUGAAGUAUAAUUAUUCUGAAAAUACCACCGAACUAGAUUUUUUAACUGCUUAUGGAAAUGUUACUGUACGAAUUGGGAACAAUGCAGAGAAAGUUGUGCCCUAUUUUAAAGCGGUUCCCAUUGUCAGUACUGAAAGAGGAUCCGAUUGGAUAAUCUAUGGUGUAUGCUUCAGUGCUCUCAUUUUUAUUGUAAUCGUCUUCAUAUUGAUAAAACUACUGAUUGUAUAUCGAAAAAAGUCCUUUGAAAGCUUGAAAAUGUCGAGGGAAAUGCAGCAACAAAUUAACAAGAUGGGUAUGGAUGCGAUAGCGAUGAGACAAUGUAUAAAGCAGAUAGUCGUGGAGAAGAAAAUUGACGUGGAUGGAGGUUUAGCAAACGUAUUGAAAUUGCCAAAUAUUACGAUCGAGUAUACGCCUGUUACUGAAACAGAUGUAGAAAGUUCACCAGAGAUGGAAUUUUAUCUACCACUAGAUACCAAAUGGGAAUUUCCGAGGGAAAAAUUGGUUUUAGGAAGAUUUCUAGGUGAAGGAGAAUUCGGAAGAGUUGUUCUAAGUGAAGCUUUGGGUAUUAUAGAUGAGAAUAUCACCACAACUGCGGCUGUUAAAAUGUUGAAAGAAACUCAUUCCGAUGCAGAUAUGAUUGAUUUAGUAUCAGAAAUGGAAAUCAUGAAACUAAUUGGAAUCCACCCCAAUAUUUUACGUUUGCUCGGAUGCUGCACUCAAAAUGGUCCAUUGCUGGUUAUCACAGAAUAUGCAGCUCAUGGAAACCUACAAUGCUUUCUUCGCAAACAUCUUCCAUCUAAAAAUUUUAAAACAGCUGCAAGCGAGCUAUCUCAGAGAACUUUGACUACCUUUGGUCUUCAAGUGGCUCAAGGGAUGGAAUACUUAUCUUCUAUGAAAUGUGUACAUCGUGAUCUUGCUGCACGAAAUAUUUUAGUAUCAAAAAACUUGGUUUUGAAGAUAGCUGAUUUUGGACUAGCCAGAGAUAUUAGAGAAAAAGACUAUUACAGAAAAAAAACAGGAGGCAGGCUCCCAGUAAAAUGGAUGGCACCAGAAGCACUGCAUCAUAACCUGUAUACAACUCAGUCCGAUGUGUGGUCAUUUGGUAUAUUCCUUUGGGAAGUUGUGACUUUGGGUAGCAUACCUUAUCCCACAUUCACCAACAUGGAGGAAUUGGUUCAAGCUUUAGAUGAUGGGUAUCGCAUGAAGAAGCCGCCGAAUUGCUCCAUGAAGAUGUACAGAAUUAUGCGUGAAUGUUGGAAUUACUCAUCAGAAGACCGACCCACAUUUUCAAUUAUUGUGGAAAAUUUGGAAGAAAUGUUGUCCAGUGAUUAUGAUAAUGAAAUGUAUGAAGAACCUGUUUCACGUGAGCCAAAAUUGAGCAAUAUCGACACCAUUGAAAUUGUUAAUGAAGCUACAGAAGCAGAUUAUUUAUUAGGAUAAUUUUAUUUGUUUUAAACUAAAAUAGUAAAUAGUUAGUUGUAAUGGGGCUUCCUAAUGUAAUAUUUUUGUAAGACCAUGGUUGUAAAUAAAAUAAAUGAGGUAUG